AUCGUUCAUCAGGAGAAGCAGGAACGAGGGAGGGGGCCCCGUCAGUCCUCUCGGCGGCUCUGACCCAGGCGACUCGCGAAGAGCGAUGGAGAGGCGCUCCAAGCGGGAGGCGCGCAACGGCGCCAGGAGCGGUGCUGUGCGCGGCACACGCGUGGACGCAGCGCCAGGAGGAGGAGGAGGCGGUCCCGUGAGCUCGUCCCUGGUGAUCGACGUCGACCAGGCCCUGGAGCAGCGGGCGGCUGACACGGCACUGGAGGCGGAGCGCACGGAUGAAGCUGUAAAGUCGCUGCGCGUCGCCCCCUGCGAGUGGCUGCUGACUGCGCUCGCCGUUCUGCUCUGCAUCUUCACGGUCCCCGUGUCGCUCCUCUUCUGCGUCAAGGUGGUUUACGAGUAUGAGAGAGCCGUUAUCUUCCGUUUGGGUCGCCUCUUGUCGGUGAGGGCCAAUGGACCAGGGAUAUUUUUCAUUCUCCCGUGCCUGGACACCUACCAGAAAGUGGAUCUGAGAAUGCGGACUCUGGAGGUGCCACUACACGAGGUGAUCACGAGCGACUCGCUAAGCGUGCGGGUGAGCGUCGCCUGCCACUACCGUGUGGAGCGGGCCAGCAUCUGGGCCGUGAGCGUCGCUCAGCCACUCGAGGCCUUGGGCUUGGUGCUGCAGGCUAAGGUCCGAGCCUUGGUGGCCAAGAAGGAUCUGAGCUACAUCCUACAGCAUCGGCCAGAAUUGGCUCAGCAUACAAAGGAAUGUUUGGAUGCAGUUGUGGGCUCAUGGGGGAUCAAAGUGGAAAGAGCUGAAAUAAAUGACGUCCGGAUUCCGCUGGAGCUGCAGACGUCCGUGUGUGUGGAGGCCGAUGCAAACAGGGCGGCGAGGGCACGGCUGAUAGCGGCGCAGGCGGAGAAGCAGACGGCGCUGGAGCUGUCGGGAGCGGCGCGCGUCCUCGCCGCCGUGCCGGGCGCCCUGUCACUGCGCUACCUCCAGACGCUGGACGCCCUGUGGGGGGCGAGGGGGGGCUCACACCUAGGGCUCACCCUGGCCUUGCCGCGCUUGGAACUGCCGGCAAUGGCAGACGAACAAACCAGCGCGACGGCCACUGCGCACAGCAGCGGUGAAGUGGCGAGGCAAGAGGGGGCGGAGGCGGGAAGAGCAAACGCUGGUGGGACACAAGACUCGCCGAUGCUGUAGCUGCAUUCGCUCACAUGCUGUGGGCCAG